GGAAGAUCCAUCCCAUGCCCAAGGUUCGGUUUGUUGAGGCGCCGCCGCCGUCCUUUGGGCUUGUAGGCGACGCGGCGCGGGCGCGGGUGCCAGAACCGACGCGUGCGCCGCCUCCUCCGCCCACACUCCUUGCCUCGACCCAUGGCCAGCGCUUUGUGGCCAUGGUCAGGGCCAUGACAGAGCUCGCACACCUUAACUUGAGCGACAACGAAGCGACAGAGGCACCGCCGCCGGCAUCGCUGCCGCCCGCCGAGGAGCCCGACGCAGCAGCGCCGCAUGAGACGAUCCUGUAUCCGCGCAUCAAAAUUCCUGGUCCCAAGCAGCUCAAGCGACGCAAGCGGCGGCGCCCCAAGCGCACGUGGGAGACGUCACACGCUACGUGGACGGGCACGCCCAGUGUCGAUCCGUUCUUUGUUCUGCAAUACGACUCGGCCAUCGAGCGGGCUUCAAGCCUCGCCGAGCUCGACAAGCUCCGGCCCGUGUCACGCGCCAAGUUGCCAGCGCGGGCAAUGGUCGCGUCCCAUCACCGCGCCCACAGCAACCACUCGAGUAGUAGCAGCAGCACGAGCAGCGACGAGCCAUCCGAGCCUGCUAUCGCACCAAGUGCACCACGACCUACACCGCUGCCCAAGCCAUUCGUCUCGCAUCCACCCAAGGUCAAGGUGGUCGAGGCAACGACUGUGGUUGGAAACAACGCGGAAGACGACGUCGUGUCGCCACCAUCCAAGUUGCUGCACGUGCCGACAGUGCUCACGCCCGAGAUGGUCCAAUGGCUGCGCAACUCGGGCAUGUUUGUCACGAAGCCGCGCUCGCAAGUGGCCUGGACGCGCGACGGCCAGCUCGCGCACGUUGGCCACUCGUAACUGGAAGAAUAGGCCAGGAGGCUAUGUCAGUGACCAUCGGACAGGUAGUCUAGUACCGUAAUCUCGAGAUAUGGCGAGGGCACGGGGCGGCUGGACACUUGCACUCCGUUGGCUCCUUAGCUUCAUUAGCCGAGCUAUCUAGGGUUCAUCGACAACCAAGUAGCAGACAAUGUGUACACAGUAAAUGCAAGAAGACGCCGCAAAGACGGUGUGUGUGACCGAA